GUGUCAGGCCGUCGAGCCUGAUUCAAGAGAUGAUGCGUUCUUGAAGAAUGCUCGCGAGACUCUCCUGGUUCAGCGGCUGAACCGAAUGGAAGGAUGUUUCAUCCGGUGUUCUGACUGCCUAUGGAUAUAUUCGGCCGUUGCAACGGCGGCGGCAGCGGAAGCACGGUAGCCGGAAACGGUGCUGGCUCGGUAAGGACGUCCAGUAACGAAUCCGUGGGUGGUGGCGGCACGUCGAGCGGUACCAGCGAGAGCGGCAGCAGUGCAAGCGGCAGGAUGCAGUUGACAGGAGCGUCGGCUCCUGGAGCGGCCGCUUCGCCGGAGUCGGGCGUCUCUCCGUUGACCGACGCCUACACCAAGAUGACCAGUGAUAUCCUUGCUGAGAGAACUCUGGGUGACUUUGUCAGCGAACAUCCCGGCGAGUUAGUUAGAACAGGCUCGCCACAUUUGGUCUGUACCGUUCUACCCGCACACUGGAGGUCUAAUAAAACUCUUCCGGUGGCUUUCAAAGUUGUAGCUCUCGGCGAAGUAGGCGACGGUACCUUGGUGACUGUUCGCGCUGGCAAUGAUGAGAAUUGUUGCGCUGAGCUUAGAAAUUCGACGGCUUUGAUGAAGAAUCAAGUCGCCAAGUUUAACGAUUUGAGGUUCGUCGGCAGAAGCGGAAGAGGCAAGAGUUUCACCUUAACGAUAACGGUGUCGACGACGCCGCCUCAAGUCGCCACUUAUACCAAGGCGAUUAAGGUUACAGUAGACGGGCCGCGGGAGCCGCGAUCCAAGACCAGUGAGUAUCACUGGCAGCAACAACAGUUUCAUGCCUUUGCGUUCGCCUCGCAACGAGGUGGUCCAUUCUUCGCCUCGCCCCUGGUGGAUCCGUUGCAACCUCUGCCAAAUCCGUUGCAACCGUUACCGAAUCCGCUCCAGCCGAGGGAUCCGUUGUCUUCUUUUAGACACGCGAUGCCUGGUAAUUGUCAGAAUAUGUCCCAGUUUGGCCUGACAGCGAGCAAUUCUUGGGGAUACGGUAGCACGGCCGGCUACGCCGGCUACCUUCCGGGUCCCCUUUCGUCGUGCGCCGCACAGGCCUCGUUUCCACCCCCGCCGGCGGGUUCGACUGUCACAUCCGGAACCGGUAAUACCGGCACCACGUCGCAGCAGGACGCUUUUUCCGCGGUCUCCUCUCUCGUACCGGAUACCACGACACCAGGUCAGUCCGAUCCAUUGGAUCCACUGAGCAGCCUCAUGUCCGGUGGUUCUUCCAGUCAGAGAUAUCAGGACUACGUGUCGCCCAGAUCACUGUCCACUGACUCUAGCACAACCGAGAGCCCGGUACACGAGGAACAGGGCUUUGGGCAGAAUUACGGCAACUACUUUCCAACGCCCGGUGUGCUUCCCAGCAUCCUCUACUCCCAGCUCUACGGGAAUCAGUUCCAGAAUCCCGAGAGCGCCGAGCAGAGGGCCGUCGCGGAUAGUUGCAGCGUGAGGCAAGAGGAAGUCAGACCGGAUAACAACGUCUGGAGACCGUACUGAGAGACAGAAGCGAGUGAUUUCUUAUCUAACAAUUCGACUAUCGAGAAAUGUGGCAACUCCUGGAAGACAAGAGGGAAGUAACGCUUAACUGAUCGCUCUUGAGGCUAUCGGCUAUUGUGACAUCGAUAAUUGUAAUGUGACGUGGUGAUUCUUUGAGAACUAUCCAAGUGUCGAGGACGAUUCUCGAUGGCGAAUUAGCACUAGUGGGCAUUAAAACUUGAUCCGGGAAAUACUCGGGGAGCGAAUCCGUUCGUCGAGGGACGUUUUUUCCGGAAAGCUUUGGGAAAUAAAAAAAAAAUUGUUUUACCGCGGUGUUGUGUGUCUCACGCCAAUGAAUUUUAGGGGUGCAAAUGAGCGAAGGGAGAUUUGUAAUUAAGUGAGAACGAAUUGCGUACGAAAGAGCGAGCACGGGUAUGAAAGUGGUGAUGACGAUUACAAUAAUGAUAUCCGCAGGAUGUAUAUACGUGUACAUAAAGCUAGAACAUUGUCGUUUCAUCGAAUCAUUAUUCGCCGUCGUUUUGAGCGAUGCGAUUUAGUUUCAUCGAUUACGUUUUCAUAGUAUAUAAUUGCGAACGACUGCUGCGGGAUCGUGCAAUAUCGUCGAGACUGACGUUGGCGAUUGGCUUCCUUUCUUUUUUGUAAAUACAUGUAUCUUCAACGUUGCGCGUUUGAUUUUCCUUCGACCCGCAUUUUCCUUUAAAAAAAAAAACCAUCUUUCGGAUUGAAGAAAUCUGGCUCCACGCUUUUGGCGAGAUAUUUGCAGCGACCCUGAGUUAUCUUGAGAAAUCGACUGAUUCGCAAAAGGCUAUCACGUGCGGUCACGUUCGGGUCAAGCCGAUGAUAAAAUCGAAUGGGUUUCAAUUCGCGUGAAGUGAAAAAGUUUUCUUGUCGUGUGAAAAUGUCGUCGCGGGGAGCGCGCGAGCGGCGAAAUGCUCGCAAGCAUUCAACGAACGUAUGAACGAACGUGCCGGAAUCGAAGAUCUUACAUCGAAAUUUCUGCCAAAGAAACGAAAGCCCAAGGAACAACUCGCGAAAUAGUUUUGCGAGAAACACCGCGCCGCGCCGGCAAGAAGCUUAUCCAUUUUUGUAAACCGGCGACGGGCACUCUGCGUUUCCAAAAAUGAUUUCCGAUAUACAUAUCU